AUGAACGACUACGUCAUCAUAGAGAAGACUGGCGAAGGUGCGUACGGUGCCGUGUACAAGGCAAAGUACAAGGCGACCAAGAAAAUCGUCGCUAUAAAGAAGAGCUGGGUCGAGGAUGGAGACGAAGGGAUUCCAGUCACAACAAUAUGAGAGGUGGCCCUUCUCCGCGAGUCGAAGCAUGAGAAUAUAGUGCGUCUCAUAGAAGUCCUCGUGCCACCAUCGAAGGCUGUACACUUGGUCUUCGAGUACAUGACCAUGGAUCUGAGGGCGCUCUUGUGUUCUCAUGCCAAGAACAGGACAUUUGAUGACGCCGUCGUUAAGAAGUACCUCGGUCAGAUUGUUACAGCCAUUCUAUUCUGUCAUCAAAGAAGAGUUCUGCACCACGACCUCAAGUCAGCCAACGUGCUUGUCGACGGAAACGGCACACUCAAGGUAGGCGACUUCGGCUUGUCCCGUGCCUUUACGCCACCAGUGCGGGUUUUCACCGACAAAUUGGGCACCUUCUGGUACCAUGCGCCGGAGACGCUCCUGGGUGCCAGUCGUUACUCGAGACCGGUGGGCGUGUGGAGUUUCGGGUGCAUCUUCUUCGAGCUGCUGACAGGCAAAUUUCUGUUCCUCAGGGAUUCGGAGAUUGACCAGCUGUUCCGAAUCUUCCGUGUCCUUGGUACACCGAGAGCAAAGCGCACGGUCAUUUUUCGCGAGCUGCCAACCGUACCGCCAUUGUCCAAACGAUCCUCGGCGCACGGUACAUCCGGCGAGCUACAGAUCACUACAGAUCCGCACGUAUCACCGCCUUCUCUGGCAUCGGAUAGGGUCCCUGGAAUGAUGAAUAACUACGUCAUCAUAGAGAAGAUUGGCGAAGGUGCGUACGGUGCCGUGUACAAGGCAAAGUGCAAGGCCACCAACAAGAUCGUCGCUAUAAAGCAGAUCCAGGUCCAGGACGAAGACGAAGGGAUUCCUGCCACAACAAUACGAGAGGUGGCCCUCCUCCAGGAGUUGAAGCAUGAGAACAUGGUGCGUCACAUAGAAGUCGUCAUGCCACCGUCGAAGGCUGUACACUUGGUCUUCGAGUACAUGACCAUGGACCUGAGGGCGCUCUUGGAUUCUCAUGCCAUGAACAGGACCUUCGAUGACGCCGGCGUUAAGAAGUACCUCGGUCAGAUUGUUGGAGCCAUUCUAUUCUGUCAUCAAAGAAGAGUUCUGCACCACGACCUCAACCCAGCCAACGUGCUUGUUGACAGAAACGGUAACCUCAAGUUGACCGACUUCGGCUUGUCCCGUGCCUUUACGCCACCAGUGUGUAUAUUCAGCCACAUAGUGGGCACCCACUGGAUAGCGUGCGCCGGAGAUGCUCUUGGGUGCCAGUCGUUACUCGACACCGGUGGACGUGUGGAUCAUCCGGUGCAUCUUUUUCGAGCUACUGACCGGCAAAACUCUUCUACGCGGGGAUUCGGAGAUUGA